GUGUUCGUCACUCUGAGGUUCUACUGUACUAAGUGGUGCAGCAGAAAAAGACUCUCAGUGACUUUCCCAGAGUGUCCGGAGUGUCUAGGAUGCAGUUCCUGUGACUCUGACUAAAGUACACCGUGGCCGAUAGCACCAACUGAUUAAGGUGAUUGAGGUCACCAACGGACAAGAUGAGCCUGUACUGAGGAAGAGAAGUCUAGUUAAUGAGUAAUUACAGGAAGUAACAAAGGUUUAUAGAAACAACACAGCCUCCAACAUCAGAGAGAGUUUUUAAGUUGAGACCAAGUCUAACGCAGACAUCCUUACCCCAUCCCCACCCCCCAAAACACACACCCUUCUCCAACGGCAACAGCAUGAAAAAUAAGAACAGCCAAGGAGCACAAGAAUGUCCCUCCAGAUGUCCAGAUAACAGCGCAUUUAAACAACAGAAACUGCCAGCCUGGAAGCCCAAGCUCGCAGCUCCGACUGUCCUCUCCAGCUUCUUUACCAUUGGACUCUUCUGCCUCCUCAUGGGAAUCUGCCUAAUAUUGUAUGCAAGAAGUGUCAAAGAAAUCCAGAUUAACUAUUCAGACAUAUGUUUGAAUUGUUCAAAACUGCGUGAAAACUCCUCUAACUGGGAUAAAGAAUGUAACUGUACUGUGCACUUCACACUGCAGGAAAAUAUGCUGGGUAAUGUUUUUAUGUACUAUCGGCUGCAAAACUUUUAUCAGAACCACCGUCGGUAUGUCCUCUCCAGAAGUGAUGCACAAUUGCUGGGUCAAGAUGUAAACAUUCAGAACAGCAGUUGUGAGCCUUUCACAACCUAUCCAAACGGAACUCCAGUGGCUCCAUGCGGCGCCAUCGCCAACAGUAUGUUCAAUGAUUCUAUUCAACUUUUUUACUAUCUUAACUCAUCCACUGCUAUCGAAGUCCCAUUGCUGAAGAGUGGAAAUAGUUGGUGGUCAGAUAAAAAUGUGAAAUUUCGGAAUCCAACAUCAUAUAAUCUCUCUUCUGCAUUUGCAGGAACAACAAGGCCUCCUUACUGGCAGAAACCAGCUUAUUUACUGGAUGAGGAGGAUGAAAGGAACAAUGGUUAUAUAAACGAUGAUUUUAUCAUCUGGAUGCGGGUGUCAGCCUUUCCCACAUUCAGAAACCUUUACCGUCGUCUCAGCCACACCAACCAGUUUGCUGAUGGUCUCCCAGCAGGGAAUUACACCUUCCACAUUACCUACAACAUGGAGACAAGGAAAUUAGAUGGAAGUUUCUUUAAAACUGCCCUGAAUAAAGAUGAAGUUGAAAAUAUUCUCAGUGAAAUUAGUAAUCUUAAAAUGACUGAGAGAGAGAAUGGCAAAUACAAUAAAAAUAAUGAAGUCAAAUGUGAAAGCCUUUGUCCAGCUCCUCAGAACAUUUGGUGUCUUGGUCUGCAAACUCCAAGAACUGCCCCAGGGAUCCUACAACUGUUGCCAUCUCAAUCAUCUGAUUUUGUGGGAGAAGAAGAUUACUCUUCAAAAAAAAUUCCCAAAUUAGGAGAAUGGAGUAUAACAACUUUUAAAGACAAUAUUAUUCCAACAGGGAGAGAACUUCCUCGUACCCCAUUAUGCACAAAUCAACAAGGGAAAUUGUUACUAAAAGCUUUAAAGGAUGAUACAGUACUGAAUGAGAGACAUUCAACAGGUGUAGCUGGACCUAGUCAUUCAGAAUGUGAAACACUUAAGUUACAGAUUGAUGCUGACCUGCUGGAGAAACUUUUGAGGGAGGAGACUUCUGUAAAGACUUGUGCCUCAAAUGCAUGGGUUCACACUAGGAAAAAAGAUUCCAUUUGCCAAUGUAAGCAGCAGCCUGAUGACAACCACAUCAUCUCUGGCAAUACAGAAAAUGGCAAGGAGGUGGCACCACCUCUAGUUGAGGAUGAGCAAGAAUUACAAGAAAUAGUUGAACCUCUGCAAGGUUCUCCAGUAUCAAAGUGUUUCACUACUACAACAAACAGGAGAAGACUAAGUCAGAUACCAGUUCAAGGGCUGAGUGAGAUGAAUAUAUCAAUGAUGAUUAACAGAAUAAAAGGCUACCAAUGCACUAAAGAAGAUAUGGAAUUUCUUCGACACAUGAAAAACCAAGAAAAAGUACAGAAAUUGAAGGCAAAAUAUUUACAUCUACAAAAGGAACUAACCAGCAUGGUUCAGACAAAGGAGCUGCUAUUAGCACAGCGAGAGAAAGUGCAAGAAGAGACUGUACAAAUGAAAACAUCUUGUAAUAGAACAGUCCAACUUGGAAGAGCCUUCCUGGGUAAGAAAAUGGAUCCUGCCGCUCUCGAAGCAUUGCCACCAAAAGCUGUGCUUGGGCAGCUGAAUCCUGUGAAACUGCAGCAUGUUCAACAGCAAGAGAAGGCUGAACUUCAGGCACUUACAAAAGAGCUAAAGAAGUUAAAACAUUCCAUUGCCCAACUGCCUCAGAAACAGGGAAUAAGGCUGGAAAGAGAGUCUUAUAAACAACAGAUACAGGAAGCGAAACACAGAGUACAGAAAGCACAAGAAGAUGUGGAGAAUCUGAAGUGCAAAGUUAAAGCAGCACAGUCGAAACUAGCAGCAGUUCAGGCACACCUGUGUGAUACAAGAGUUGAAAUAGAGAAGUGGCACACUUUGAAAGAGAAGACAACUGUUUCUCAGCCACUAGAGAAUGCCCAAGAUUCUGUCAAUGAUUAUCUUAAAAGAAGACUUAACAGAAUCUUGCGAAGAACAGAUCUCUUUUUAGAAAGGGAAAAAAUAAUUGAAAGACUUAGUCUUUUGCAAUGAGACCCCCCCCUUGCAAAAAUCUGAUUGCUAGGUCAAAGAGGCUUUUAGGGCUGCCACUGUACAUACAGAUCUCUCCCUGUUGGGCACCUGAGUUUUCCAAAUUCUGUAACCUGUCUGUGUUGAAAGUGUGAACAAAUCUGCAGUAUUAAGAGAUUAAGAUACAGCCAGAAUCAUGAAGAUAAAAUUUGGGGUUAAUGGCUAUUGGGAGUCCUGUAUGUGAAAGUUGAGUUUUAAAUGACACUGUAAAUACAGGUUUUUUUCUGUUACUGUUUUCAAGUAAGGAAACUAAGGUGUUCAAACCACUGGGUCUGAAACAGUUAAUCAUAGUCACCUAGGAGAAGGAAUUAAAGGCUUUAGGAAUUUUGCACACUGGAAAGAGUUAAGCUGAGUUAAAUUAUUCUUUAAUAAUCCUGGUGUCACUUUGUAUCUAAAAUUAAUUCCUAGGUAAGAUGGGUAGUGCUUUGUAAUCAAUCCCCCCUUGUGUACAAUGGUGGGGUGGGGAAUCAAAACAGUUUAGGGAAAGGCUACUUGUUUUAAAGCAGGUGCUAAUAAGUUACUAAUGCCUCAGAGCAGGAUUUCUAGUUACAUUCAGCAUAUUAAAAUAAGUUUUUACAAAAUGCACAGCUAAUGGAAAUAGUUUCUAUUACUGAGUUUGUCUUAAUUCUGUAUCAGGGAACAUGUUUGUACAUUUAUCUAAACUGGCAUCAGCCCCCUCUUGUUAAAUGUAUCAUGGAAGAACUAGAUUCACCAAAAAGUAAAUACAUGUUGUCACAUGAGUAGAUGCUACACUAGCAUCCUACAAAGAAUGGAGGAAAGAGCAACUUAGAGGCAUAGGCCAGAAAUAGUGUAAUGGACUCCCAGCUUUGGGUUAACAGAGCUAAAAAUGACUCCACCUUACACAAGCAGUAUGCAAGCCAUUCAAGUAUUAGAGUCAAGAAAGACAAGGGUACACGCUACUCAUCAGUUCUACAUAAUCAUUCCUGAGCAUGAGACAUAUGUACAAUUUAUUCAAAAUACAUAAAAAUCUCACUGUUUAUACAAUCUAAAGUCUAGCAAUAUAUACAAAUACAGAGUAACUACAGUACAGGCUGAGGUAAAGUACAUUCUGGGAGAACAGAACAGCCAUUUUCAUAGUCAUUACAGUGAUUUUUUGCUAUAGAAUAAAGAACUCCUCAAUGUACCUCUGGUUUUACUGUACAGGGGACAAUGCCACAUGUAGUUAUGCAUCUUACAUUCAGUUAAAAUCUACAAUACAGGCCAUUAGCUCAAGUUUGAUGCUGAAUUGUAUGUUAGGCACAUAAUCCUGGCAUGGUAAAAAUGACUAAAAUAAACAUGUUUAAUUUGAGCAGAUGUACAAAGAUAUUUCAUGCAAGAGGCAGAGAGUAAAAGUGGCAAAAUCAACUUAAACUGAGCUUUUGUAAACCUGGAAAGAGAAGUAUAAAAUAUUUUGGGUGGUUUGUUUUUUUUUAAGACAAACAGUAACAGCUUCAUCAACUAUUUUAUAAACAAACUUACUGGACGGGAGGGAUUUUGUUUCUAUAUGUUUUUCUACUGAAAUUCUGAUCUGCCUUAAGAAAUUAGUGCCUUUGAAUAAAUUCCCUUGUAUUUAUGUGCUAUGGCUGGGGUAAAGACAUGUUAAACCCCACUUUCCUAUGGCAGCUGGUUAAAGCACAUCUUUACCUUUUUCCCUGCACCACUCUGAAGUUACUGUGAAAUAAGCUCUGCUAAGCUUUUUCUUUAAAAAAGGGUCAUAAUUUCUUUUGGCUAAAGCUUUGAUCUCAAUUUUGACAAUUCACUUGUUAAAUUUAUUUCAAAGCACUGAUGUGCGCAGAUUGUCCAUAGGUAGCACUACAAUAUUUUUUUUAUCCAGAAUAAGUUUGUCAGAUGCAUUUAAGAGCUAGAGUCUCCAAACUUUAAAAACAAAUACAUUUAGGAAAAUACCAGAUAGAACAAUCACCAGCUGUGGGAAUUUUAACAAAUAUUUAUGUAAUCCUUUCAUUAAAUAAUGGACUAGUACAAAUAAGUAAUAGGGCCAGUAACUGAAACUUUUAUUGGAAGGCAGAGGCUUGUAGGCCACUGAGACUUAAAAUAUUCACAUUUAGAGGCCAAUCCUACAAAACUUUAUUCUCAUCAGUAGAACCAGUCACAUGAGUAAGAGUUUGCAGGAUCAGGCCUUAAAACACAGUGCACAUAAUUCCAAAUGGUUACUAUCACAAAUGUGAUUACCUCAGUAACGGUAGAAAAAUAACUUAUGUAUCACAUUUUUGUAAAAACUCAGUAUCAAGGGAAAAGGCAGAGUAAAGCUUUCCAAUUUGCAGCAAGAAUGAAGACAGAUACUACUAAAUACAAUUGUCUAACAUUUGAGUUUGGCAGUCACCUUUACCAGCAUUAGUUUAUAUCUAUAUUUAGUAGUUGUACGUCCAAUUAUACAGGCCUUGGGUAAAAAACAAGGCUCUUUGAAUCAAAAGAAAAGUCCAUAAAACUGGGCUACUGUGUAUGUAAGGAUGUCACCUUUAUAAACCUUUUCAGUAGCCUCCCAACAGUACCAUUAUACUAUUAAAAUAAAGCUAUUUAAAGAAGA